GUCGUUUUAGAGUUUCCGCAUACCUCGUUAGAAAUAUCCAAGGAGCAGGUGAGAUUUGGUUAUCCUCUUUCUCUCUACUUAUCUCCUUCAUCAAAGCUACUCCAUUUCCAUGGCGAAAGAGCUCUCUCUAUAAAUCAAUAGAGAGAGACGAUUAUGCGUUAAAGAAGCAACCUUCCGAUGAUUCGCCGUCUAUUCUCGUCUCUGACUCACCGCUUCAGCUGGCGGAUUCCGGUUUUCCUCUACGGCGCAACCUGGACGGCGUUUCUGACCAUCACCGUCGCUAUUAUCUCGCUAGCGCCGGAGUUCGCUUUCGUCUCGGCGAUUUACCCGUCGUCUUCUUCGGUGGAGUUCUCGCGGCGGUGCGGCUCCGACGCAGCUGUUUUGGUGCCGUUGGAUCUUCCCACGGAGGUGUUGUGUUUACCGGCGAAUCUGUUCCGGAGGUCGAAGAUGGACCUCGUUGUGCCGCCUGUCUUUGCAGCUAUAGUGGUCGCUGUCUCCGCCGUCGUUGUGCGGACAAUGGGCCUUUGGGAGGAAGAGGAAGAAGCCCUUUAACGUAGGCCCAUUUAUGUAAUAUAAUUAACAUUGCAUAGAAUUAUUCUCGUGGGUGUGAGGUUAUGUGCACCCUCUUUAUAACCUUGAUGUGUCAUCUCAUUUGGAGCAAUAGUUAACAUAUCAAGCAUGUUAUUACAUAUCUUAUUCAUAGUAAGUGUCAUUCUAACCAUUUUUUCUUGUUACAUAAAAAGUGUC